GAAGCUUCACUUGAGAUAAACAUCACCAUCCACGACUUCUUGCCAAUGAUCUGAACGUAUACACCAUAGAAAUAGGAGGCUUUGGGUAUUCUAACUAUCCACUAGCAGAUACAUUCGUCUCAUUCACAUCUCAAAAUUCAUCAUCAUGUUGUCCAUUGCAGACAACUUAUCAGACCGCUGCCAAAAGCUUCAAGAUGUGAGCUACAUCAACCUCGCAGUAUCUAUCUUCAUUCUCAUUGGCAUUCUCGUUUCUUACUUACCUCAACACUAUCGAAUCAUCAGUCGCAAAAGCUCAGAGGGAAUAUCCCCCUUCUUCAUUCUUCUCGGUACAACAUCAGGAACAUGCGCUUUUGCAAAUAUAAUAGUUCUGCCAGCAUCUCGCGCCGAUGUGGCAUGUUGCAGAACUGUUAGCACAUUUGAAUGUGCCGCAGGAUUACUUGGUAUUGCCCAAGUUGGGGUUCAAUGGUUUUGCUUCACCGUAAUUCUGGUUCUUUUCAUGGUAUUCUUCCCGCGAACUCCGACCCUUCCUACACUCGAUGACAAUAAACAACAACAUACAUGGCGUACAGCUGUCACGGUAGCUUUGGUUUGUCUUUUCCACGGAUUUGCCACUAUCGUUGUUAGUGCAUCAUUGGCACUCGCUCGUCCUAAUGUCCUUGGAGUAUGGGCCAACACGUUGGGCGUUAUAGCUACGAUUCUUGCAGGUAUUCAAUACUUGCCUCAAAUCUGGUUGACAUACAAUCUUGGUCAUAUUGGAAGCCUGAGUAUACCAAUGAUGUGUAUUCAAACUCCUGGCAGCUUCGUUUGGUCCCUGAGUCUUUUCGCUAGAUUGGGAGCCGGUGGUUGGAGUACAUGGGGAGUCUUCUUGAUCACAGGGUGUUUACAAGGAUGCUUGUUGGUUAUGGGGAUAUCUUUCGAAAUAAAGGCUAGAAGAGAGAGACAGAAUAAUGAGGGUGGAGCUUCCAAUGGAAGAUGUAUCGUUGGAUAUAUUGCAGGCUCGCGAGAACAUGAUACAGAUGACGAAGGUGGAACUACUGUUGAAAGUACACCGUUGUUGUCCGAGUCGGGAUCGUCAAGCAAAACUCCUCGACCUUCAGCUCGAACUUCUGCAUCCAAUUAGAUGGGGACUCAGGUAUAUUUUCGUUGGUAAUGAGAUGCUCCAUACCCUAGAUUCUUUCCAUUCUGAGAGUUCUUGGUUCUGAUGUUAUCCAUAAAUGAUUUGUUUGAGAUCUUUGGCACCCCCGUCCUCCCGUUGUAUUUUAUUUUGCGUCCCCUUUUAGACAUUCAACCCCUGUAUCAUACAAUAGGUUAUGGUUUUCGUUUAGGUCUUAUUGCA